UCGCCGACGCACGUAAAGGGUUUUCAGUCGGCGACUUCGUUUGAUUUCCCUUUCGAAUUGCGGGCUGCAGUCGCCGUUCGGCAUCCACCUCGCCCGGUUCGCCCACCGUCCGAUCUUCUCCGUCUCAAGUCUCAACCUCCCUCUGGUUCAACCGUCCGAGAUUUUCCGUUCUUCAUUGGCACGUCUCUAAUUGGAGCCUUUCCUCCCUUUCAUCUCCUCAGAGCGCCUCUUCCCACUGUUCCAGAACUGCUCGUCCCUCACAGCUUUAUCUGGUCUGCAAGGGGACCGAUCAAUGACUAAUUUCUGAUUGUUGGAGAACGGUUCUUGCUUUUUUUUCUUUCUUUUCGGGUUACGUUGCAUAGAAGGCCGGCUAGACGAGACAGGGCUUGCACUUUGAAAUGGAAGUAGUCACACUUGGAGGUCUGUAAAGUUGCUUAUAGGUUCAGCACUAGCCUGCACAAUGAAUGGAGUUGACAUGGUACUGUUUGGGGCCAGUGGCAUUGUUGAAAGUAGUGGCAUCAUCAACCACAAUAAGCACUUAUCAAAAUCCAUGAUAGACAAUAGAGAGGCUUUGAUUUCAAAGACGUACCAGUUUGGGAGAAGGCCGGAAUCAAUGGAAGGACAAUCAGAGAUAGAGGAACAAAUUAAGGAGAACCCCAAGCUACGUAUUGCCAUCAUCCACCCUGACCUUGGCAUAGGAGGAGGUGAAAGGUUAAUUGUUGAUGCUGCUGUUGAGCUUGCAGCUCAUGGACACAAUGUCCAUGUUUUCACUGCACACCAUGAUAAGUCUCAUUGUUUUGAAGAGACUCUUGGUGGACAUUUUCCAGUCACAGUGUAUGGUUCUUUCCUGCCCCGGCAUUUGUUCCAUCAUUUCCAUGUUAUAUGUGCAUAUGUUCGCUGCAUAGUUGUUUCUCUGUGUGUGCUGCUCUUCUGGCCUGAAUUUGACGUUGUAUUGAUUGAUCAAGUUUCUGCUGUGAUUCCAAUCAUGAGAAUUAAGCGACUUGCCAAGAUUGUAUUUUAUUGCCAUUUUCCGGAUUUGUUGCUGGCACAACAUUCAACUCUUCUGAGAAGAAUUUAUAGGAAGCCAUUUGACCUGCUUGAAGAGGCAACUACUGGGAUGGCUGAUCUGAUUUUGGUCAACAGCAAAUUUACUGCAGCCACUUUUGCAAAUACAUUCAAAUCCCUUCAUACUAAGGGUAUACGUCCAGCUGUUCUCUAUCCAGCAGUCAAUGUGGAGCAGUUCAGUAAGCCUGAGUCAUAUAGGUUAAAUUUUCUUUCUAUAAAUCGCUUUGAAAGAAAAAAGAAUAUUGAGUUAGCAAUAUCAGCAUUUUCAAUCCUUAGGUCCAUCGAGGAUUUUGAUACUCGAGCAUCAUUGACUAUUGUAGGUGGAUAUGACAAACGUCUUGUGGAAAAUGUUGAGUACCUAGAGGCACUGAAGAGCUUAGCUGUAAGGGAAGGAAUUGCUGAUCGAGUUGAAUUUAUCACGUCUUGCUCAACAGCUCAAAGGAACAAGUUGCUGUCUGAAUGCUUAUGUGUUAUAUACACCCCAAAGGAUGAACAUUUUGGCAUUGUACCGUUGGAGGCUAUGGCAGCACAAAAGCCUGUGAUUGCAUGCAAUAGUGGUGGCCCUCUUGAAACAAUCAAGCAUUCUGCAACAGGAUUUCUUUGUGAACCAACUCCACAACAGUUUUCUUCUGCAAUGGCUGCACUUAUGAGAAACCCAGAGAUGUCGGUUGAAAUGGGCAUAUAGGCGUAUACUCUCUCCCUCACUUACGGAGCAGGAAGCAGACAGACAGCAACAGGCGUCGUAGCUUUCCAAAACUUCCAAGAAGUUUACGUCAUUCCGAAGCUCAAGUGAGGCCAAAUCUGGCAUUGACCCCUCGAAUUGUCUUUAUCUGCUGUUUGCCUUUCCUUGGGCAUCGGUCUUCAUGUCUCCCUAACCAACUCUGCAGCUUUAAGCACGCGAACUCCCAAGCCAUUAGAGUUGCAGAAGGCAAAAGGCCGAAACUAUGCAGCAGAGCAGCUUGAUGAUGCGAGAGAGGAGCAGAGGGUGUACAUUAUGUCACGUAGAUGCAGGCAGGUAUGAGGUAUAUAGAAAGUACUAUCCUUCUGUAGCUUUCCAUUCAUGAAUCUACUACCGAAGUGACAUUACCGGCACGCAUGAUGGAGAUUUAGGGGGUGAAAAGACCAUCAAUAGCAGCCUCAGCAACCGGACAAUAUGACUAUUAUCAUUAUUGCUAUUGUCGUUUCUAUCAUUAAAGAUAGUAAAAAAAAAAUACAGCUAAGCAAUAUAUUAUCAGAAAGAUACCCAUGGGCUUUGGAAAAUUAGUCAAGUCGAUCGGAUUAUAUAUUCUUCAUAACCGAUACCCCUUGUAGGCUCAAUGGAACAUAGGUCUCUUUGUUGCCAAUAUAAUCUAAAAAUGUUUGUACAUUUGAUAUUCAUCUUUAAAAAUGCGUACAAUGUGAAGAAACAAACUACU